AUGAAGGCUGUGGCGCUUCUUUUUUGCCUUUUUGUGGGAGUCCAAGUGACAUUCGCUGCGUUCUCGUGCAAGGAUCAGUCUGGAGCCGAUGUCGAUUGGUGAGUGAACAUUUAAAGUUUUUUUUUUUUUUUUUUUUUUUUUUAAUAUUAACGUUAAUUAGAACAAUUUCAGGUUCGCAGUGUACAAAAUGCCCAUUGAGAAAGAUGAUGGAUCGGUUACGGGACUAGCUAGUGGAAUCGCUUGGUAUUACGUGGAUGUCAACAAGAAGGGAGCACUCACACCAUCCGCCAAGACCCUUGAUGACACUGAUCAGGUAAAACCGUCUAAAAUCUUGGCGAAACCGCCUAAAUUGCACAUUUCUAGGCCCUGGCCUACACUCUGCAACAAUAUUACGACAAGCAAGACGACAAAACCAUUUUUCACGUGAUGUUUAACGAUGAGGUAAGCAAGACUGCAAGAAAUGUCUAAUCUGUCGGCGAUAAAAGCCCACUUGACCAAGAACUGCGAUAAAAAAGAGCAGAGAUGGACAUCAGUGUGCAGCUUUUGAGAUCGGCGACAAAAUGUUUUCAGCCAUGGGGAUCGAAGUCGACCGCCGAGAUCAAGUUGGAGGAGAUUUUGAGUAACAGAGUGUACGGCAACAAUACCGUGUUUGCAAGUACUUCUACUGCAUUCGGACACACCAAGGGAACCAUCUUCUUUGAUGGGGACACCGGAGUUUGGCUGGUGCACAGUGUUCCACUCUUCCCGAACCCAACGAAAUACGAGUACCCGGCCAGUGGACACGAUUACGGGCAGACUAUGCUUUGCAUGACUUUCAACUACGCCGAGUUGAAGAAAAUCGGAACUCAACUGUUUUUCAACCGUCCCAACAUCUACUCUUCCAACUUGCCAACUUCCAUGGCUGCUGACAAUGAGGACUUGGCCAAGGUUAACUAAAAUUUGAGGAGAACGCAUUAUAAUGCGAGUUUUUCAGGCUAUUGCCGGACAAUACCAGAAAGGAGAGCCGUACUCCAGUGUUCUUGAUCUGGAGACCAAAGGCGGAUACUCUUUCACUUCUUUUGCCAAAUCAAAGGAGUUCAAUGCUGGUAGGACGUUUCCAAUAUCUGCUAGUUCACUUAUUGAGCAUUGCAGAUCUGUACGACACUCUGGUUGCGCCAACUCUUAAAACAGACCUGGUAGUGGAGUCGUGGAGACGUGGAAGUGAGAUCCCACUCGACUGCAAACUGACCUACCACGCCAACGAUGCACUUUCCAUCCAUGUAAGUCCAAUACAUAUAAAUUCAGAAAGUCAACAACACGGUUCGGAUUUGUAGGUUGGCAGCACGACAGAGUUCUCGUACACCAAAGACCACUCGAAGAUGGCGCACUCAGCUGAUAUGACCAAGCCGUGGGUGUGCAUUGGAGACAUUAACAGAAUGGUGAGAUCACUUUGUGGAUGUGUUGUCGGCAAAAUGGCAUUUUUCAGACUUCUCAAUAUGUGCGCGGAGGUGGCACCACUUGCAUCAGCAGCACUUUCCUCUGGAAGGCCUACAGUGUGAUUUCCACUCAGAAUAAUUGUUCAUAA